AUGGAGAAUGUCACUGAACUAUUGAAGAAUGACACUGAACUAUUGAAGAAUGUCACUGAACUAUUGGAGAAUAAUGUCACUGAACUAUUGAAGAAUGUCACUGAACUAUUGAAGAAUGUCACUGAACUAUUGAAGAAUGUCACUGAACUAUUGAAGAAUGUCACUGAACUAUUGAAGAAUGUCACUGAACUAUUGAAGAAUGUCACUGAACUAUUGAAGAAUGUCACUGAACUAUUAAAGAAUGUCACUGAACUAUUGAAGAAUGUCACUGAACUAUUGAAGAAUGUCACUGAACUAUUGAAGAAUGUCACUGAACUAUUGGAGAAUGUCACUGAACUAUUGAAGAAUGUCACUGAACUAUUGAAGAAUGUCACUGAACUAUUGAAGAAUGUCACUGUACUAUUGAAGAAUGUCACUGAACUAUUGGAGAAUGUCACUGAACUAUUGAAGAAUGUCACUGAACUAUUGAAGAAUGUCACUGAACUAUUGAAGAAUGUCACUGAACUAUUGAAGAAUGUCACUGAACUAUUGAAGAAUGUCACUGAACUAUUAAAGAAUGUCACUGAACUAUUGAAGAAUGUCACUGAACUAUUGAAGAAUGUCACUAAUGACACUGAACUAUUGAAGAAUGUCACUGAACUAUUGGAGAAUGUCACUGAACUAUUGAAGAAUGACACUGAACUAUUGAAGAAUGUCACUGAACUAUUGAAGAAUGUCACUGAACUAUUGAAGAAUGUCACUGAACUAUUGGAGAAUAUAUUCGCCUCCCGCCCUCAAGCACACUCCUCCCGCCCUCAAGCACACUCCUCCCGCCCUCAAGCACACUCCUCCCGCCCUCUAAGCACACUCCUCCCGCCCUCAAGCACACUCCUCCCGCCCUCAAGCAUACUACUCCCGCCCUCAGGCACACUCCUCCCGCCCUCAAGCACACUCCUCCCGCCCUCAAGCAUACUACUCCCGCCCUCAGGCACACUCCUCCCGCCCUCAAGCACACCCCUCCCGCCCUCAAGCAUACUACUCCCGCCCUCAGGCACACUCCUCCCGCCCUCAAGCACACCCCUCCCGCCCUCAAGCAUACUACUCCCGCCCUCAGGCACACUCCUCCCGCCCUCAAGCACACCCUCCCGCCCUCAAGCACACCCCUCCCGCCCUCAAGCAUACUACUCCCGCCCUCAGGCACACUCCUCCCGCCCUCAAGCACACCCCUCCCGCCCUCAAGCAUACUACUCCCGCCCUCAAGCAUACUACUCCCGCCCUCAAGCAUACUACUCCCGCCCUCAAGCACACCCCUCCCGCCCUCAAGCACACUACUCCCGCCCUCAGGCACACUCCUCCCGCCCUCAAGCACACUACUCCCGCCCUCAAGCACACUCCUCCCGCCCUCAAGCAUACUACUCCCGCCCUCAGGCACACUCCUCCCGCCCUCAAGCACACCCCUCCCGCCCUCAAGCAUACUACUCCCGCACUCAGGCACACUCCUCCCGCCCUCAAGCACACUCCUCCCGCCCUCAAGCAUACUACUCCCGCCCUCAGGCACACUCCUCCCGCCCUCAAGCACACUACUCCCGCCCUCAAGCACACUCCUCCCGCCCUCAAGCAUACUACCUCCCUCAGGCACACUCCUCCCGCCCUCAAGCACACCCCUCCCGCCCUCAAGCAUACUACUCCCGCCCUCAGGCACACUCCUCCCGCCCUCAAGCACACUCCUCCCGCCCUCAAGCAUACUACUCCCGCCCUCAGGCACACUCCUCCCGCCCUCAAGCACACUCCCGCCCUCAAGCACACUCCUCCCGCCCUCAAGCAUACUACUCCCGCCCUCAGGCACACUCCCGCCCUCAAGCACACCCCUCCCGCCCUCAAGCAUACUACUCCCUCAGGCACACUCCUCCCGCCCUCAAGCACACUACUCCCGCCCUCAAGCACACUGCUCCCGCCCUCAAGCACACUCCUCCCGCCCUCAAGCACACUCCUCCCGCCCUCAAGCACACUGCUCCCGCCCUCAAGCACACUACUCCCGCCCUCAAGCACACUCCUCCCGCCCUCAAGCACACUCCUCCCGCCCUCAAGCACUCUACUCCCGCCCUCAAGCACACUGCUCCCACCCUCAAGUACAUUAUUCCCGCCCUCAAGCACACUACUCCCGCCCUCAAGCACACUACUCCCGCCCUCAAGCACACUAUUCCCGCCCUCAAGCACACUAUUCCCGCCCUCAAGCACACUCCUCCCGCCCUCAAGUACAUUAUUCCCGCCCUCAAGCACACCCGCCCUAAACACACUACCCGCCCUCAAGCACACUCCUCCCGCCCUCAAGCACACUGCUCCCGCCCUCAAGCACACUGCUCCUUCCUUCAAGCACACUCCUCCCGCCCUCAAGCACACUCCUCCCGCUCUCAAGCACACUACUCCCGCCCUCAAGCACACUCUCCCGCCCUCAAGCACACUCGCCCUCAAGCACACUGCUCCUGCCUUCAAGCACCUCAAGCACACUGUUCCCGCCCUCAAGCACACUCGCCCGCCCUCAAGCACACUGCUCCUUCCUUCAAGCACACUCCUCCCGCCCUCAAGCACACUGCUCCCGCCCUCAAGCACACUACUCCCGCCCUCAAGCACAUUUCUCCCGCCCUCAAGCACACUACUGCCGCCCUCAAGCACACUGCUCCCGCCCUCAAGCACACUGCUCCCGCCCUCAAGCACACUGCUCCCGCCCUCAAGCACACUCCUCCCGCCCUCAAGCACACUCCUCCCGCCCUCAAGCACACUGCUCCCGCCCUCAAGCACACUCGUCCCGCAAUCAAGCACACUGCUCCUGCCUUCAAGCACACUCCUCCCGCCCUCCAGCACACUCGUCCCGCCCUCAAGCACACUGCUCCUUCCUUCAAGCACACUGCUCCCGCCCUCAAGCACACUACUCCCGCCCUCAAGCACACUACUCCCGCCCUCAAGCACACUACUCCCGCCCUCAAGCACACUGCUCCUGCCCUCAAGCACACUGCUCCCGCCCUCAAGUACACUCCUCCCGCCCUCAAGCACACUACUCCCGCCCUCAAGCACACUGCUCCUGCCCUCAAGCACACUCCUCCCGCCCUCAAGCACACUCCUCCCGCCCUCAAGCACACUGCUCCCGUCAUCAAGCACACUGCCCUCAAGCACACUCCUCCCGCCCUCAAGCACACUCCUCCCGCCCUCAAGUACACUGCUCCUGCCCUCAAGCACACUCCUCCCGCCCUCAAGCACACUCCUCCCGCCCUCAAGUACACUCCUCCCGCCCUCAAGCACACUGCUCCCGCCCUCAAGCACACUGCUCCCGCCCUCAAGCACACUGCUCCCGCCCUCAAGCACACUGCUCCCGCCCUCAAGCACACUGCUCCCGUCAUCAAGCACACUCCUCCCGCCCUCAAGCACACUUCUCCCGCCCUCAAGCACACUGCUCCCGCCCUCAAGCACACUGCUCCCGCCCUCAAGCCCCCGUGA